AUGAGAGAAAGAAAUAAUGCUGGAGGAAGCGGCAGCUAUGAUUCAAAUGGUAUCACAAGUCGAAACGACUACAACGAAAAUAUUAUUGAUGUAGCAGAUCUCGAUGAACGAAUUGUGUUGAAUGUCGGUGGGGUUAAGUACGAAACCUAUCGAUCAACAUUAACGGCUUAUCCAGACACUUUAUUAGGAACAAUGUUUGCUAAACGCGAUAAAGCUCUCUUUCAACAGACAAACGAUAAUGAAUAUUUCAUCGAUAGAAAUGGACACGCAUUUUACUAUAUUCUCGAAUUCUAUCGAACUGGAAAAGUUUUGUGGCGUGAACACACUCAUACAUCAGAUACUUCAUCCUCGCCCACUUCUUCCUCAUUAUCCCUCACAUCACCAAUCACAACUUCAAUACCUCCCGUAAUACGUCAAAUACUGGCCGAAGAAAUUCAUUACUUUCAACUUCCGAUAAAAAGCGUUUACACAUCCCUUCCAAACCGAGCCGCAGCUGCAAAAGUAGAUUCAUUUAUCCACGCGCUGCAAUUCGUAAUUUAUCAUCUUACUUCGGAAUUCGCAGCGCAAAUACAAAUCGAUUUUCGCCGUAACAAACACCAACCACACGUGAAAAUCGAGAAUCAUUCAUCGACCAAGCUAUACAAUUGCGUGCAUGAGAUUGUGAGACCAUACGGAGCAGUCGGAUACAAGAUUUUGGAGAAAUUUGGCACAGAGAUCGGUAGCUACUUGAUGGGCUUGGUACCAGAAUUGAAAUGGAAAUUGAAACAUGUUGACAAUUAUAAUUGGUAUUCGCUGGUGAUGUGUGUGGAAGAUGGUGCGUUUGAUUUUGACGGAAUUCGUGAAAGUACAUGUUUGGCUGAUUCUAUAAACGUGAAAACGGCUCCUUGGUAG